UUGUGAGCCGGUGCGAAGUGUUAUUGGUGCGACGAAUUGGGCCGAUAUUAUGCUCAGGCGCAGCUCGCAGUUCGCAGUUUUACUGGCUAUCGCAGACAUAGCAGUUGCAAGCAUAGGAAAUGGCACCAUAAACGGCGUGAGCAACAAAUUGGAUGUUGAUGCGAUAAACAAAAAGCUGGACUUCAUUGACUUCGACACCAGAAGACAGAGAAGAAAGAACACGCACAGGUCGACGUCUUCGUCUUCUGGAGAAAAGAAACAUUCUGAUGGUGAAAGUGGGGUAUCAGGAGAGUCUUUGGAAGAGUCAUCGUCGUCAUCAUCAGAGCAAAGAGUUCGCCCGGCUCAACCGAAAUCAAGCGCAGAGAGACCGGGAUGGAGAAAAUGGCAUCGCAAGUGCACCCCAUGCCCUGAGGAGAUGGGAAUGAAGUGGCGUGAUCCUCGGAUUAAGUGGAUCUGUGGCGCGUACCAGCGCGCGCGCCGAUCCUUCAAGAGCCUGUGCAUGAUGCACCUGAGGAACUGCCAGGAUGGCACCAUGUUCACCAAGAUCCACGACCACCGCUGCAAGGACGACGAAGCCGGAGCAGAAGCCCCGCACGGCGAUCACUUCUUCUACGACUACAAGGUGCGCAUGAGUGGCGACACCAGCAACACUGAGGACAGCGAGUCUACAUCUUUGGAGGACUCUUAUGUUUCUGUAUGAAGUCACUAAUUUGACUAUUAUUGAGAUUGUAAUAAACACUAGAAUAGGCUGUUGGAAUAAAGUAAUUGAGUAGCUAACAAUUUACGGAUGAAUCCCUGUAUGUAAGGAGAACUCUACACUACUCGUAUA